GCCUUGCUCAUUGUUCAUGUGGUUCAGCCCUACUACACUGGUUCACGCUAUCCUACAGUGUACCUGUAUACUGUAAGAACACGAAUCGUAGUAAGAACGGGACCCGCGCUGCACCCCAGCUCCCUCGAGCCUCCGCGGCGAUCGUAUCUCCAGCUAGCUCUGCGAUGUCAGGUACCAAAAAAUAAAGCUGGUGUUUGUAGUUGGCAAAUGGAUGAAACCAUCAGUACGUGAGAUUUCAAUCUGCGAGUGCGAGUUCCGUCAGUCACCACCUGAUUUCGCUUUUCAUUGAUGAACCUACAGUAUGGAGACAGCAAGUGUAGAAUGGUUCCGAUUGUGUAUCUUCAUCUAUCUGAGUGUGUUCUGCAUGCAAGCCACGCUCUCUGCCCCACCACCAUUGUCUGUUCGACUGACCAGUGGGGAGUAUGACAAUAGUGGCCUUGUACAGGUGUUUUAUGAUGGGGAAUGGGGAUUGCUGUGCAUGGAGAGCAAUCAGUGGACGCGGCAGGUCGCUUCAGUUAUCUGCCGUCAGUUAGGCUACCCAUCAGCAGUGACUGCUACAAACUUUGUUGGCACAUUACCUGAGAGUUACGCGGUAACCUGGGUCUCUAGUUUGUCUUGUAUGGGUUAUGAGACGAGACUGAGCGACUGUUCUCCGAGGACAGAACAACGCUCUGAAUGUGGAGGCAGUGUUUAUUUCCCUAAGGUGAAGGCAGCUGUGCACUGCCAACUAAAUCCAGCAUUCUCUCUGCGGCUCACUGGUGGUUUCCAUGACAACAGUGGUCUUAUAGAAGUUUAUGAUCGCAACAAGUGGGGCAUCCUUUGCCUGUCCAGGGACCAGUGGAAUCAACAGGCUGGGUCCGUGGUUUGUGGGCAGCUAGGAUUCCCCAAGGCACUGACAGUGACAAGUUUCCAUGGUGACUAUUCAAGAGCUUAUGUUACAAGCAGGGAGAUGUCAUGUGAAGGAACGGAAUCCAGGCUCAUUGAUUGUUCUUUUGAGUUGUCACAAACGUAUGGCUGUGACAGUGACCAUGUGAAAGCUGCUGUGAUCUGUAUGCCAAAGCAAGUUUUAAUUGGGGACGCUCAACAGCCAUACUCUCUGAGGUUGCAUCAGUUUGUACUUGACAACUCAACAAGUACAGGUGUUGUUCAGCUCCAAGCCUUUGCUUACCAGUACGUGGAUCAGGAUUGGUCCAUCUGCAGUGAUGAAUCCUGGGAUAUCCAAGCAGCCACCGUAGUCUGUCAGGAGCUGGGCUUUCAUUAUGCCAUCGAGACUAGUGGAACCGACUACAUGGGCACCGGUGAUGAUUGGAGCGUCUUGGGAUCAGUGGAGUGCAUUGGCUCAGAGAGGCAUCUUCUGGAGUGUAGUCAUGUGAUCAUAGACAGGAGUCAGUGUAAUGGUGGACUGGUUAGAGUCAACUGUAGUAUAUCUCCUUCCCCUGACCCAGGACAAGUUGUUCGUCUUGUUGGAUCAGUUAAGCCUUAUGAAGGUCAGCUUCAGACCUACUUCAAUGGUAAUUGGUGGAACAUCUGUAUACCAAGGUCAGGUCUGGAGUACACUUACAUUCAAAAAGCCUGCGGAUCGUUGGGUUACGAACAUGGACAGAAUUUACCCACCCUACGAUUCUCCAAGGAGUACAGUAAGAUUUCAGAAGAUUCUCUCAACAUUGAGGUGCUGGGCCUGUGCGACAAUGCUGAUCAGUGCCACAUUGAAGAGAGUUACUACACCACAUGUGGAUACUACGACAAGGCUGCCAUUCGAUGUGAUAACCACUCAUCCUCACCAAACAAAGAUUGGACCUCAGAUGGAGUCAAUUUACGACUUUCUGAUGGUGACAGCAUGGCAUCUGGUCGUGUUGAAAUAUACUGGAACUACUAUGAUCCUGACAUUAGUUCCAUAUGGUCCACUCUGUGUGUCCAGUCCGGCUUGGAUAUGGUGACAGCAACCUUACUUUGUCGUGAGUUGGGCUACGAUGGUGCUGUAUCAACAGGUGUGAUGCCACUUCGAGGAAGAGCUGCUGAAGAGACUAAAAUUUUACAAUUCCGUGGGAAUUGGUGUGAAGGAGAUGAAAAGAGACUGAGUGCGUGCAGUUCGUUUGAAAUCUCUCCAGACUGCACCCACAAUGAUGACGUCAGUGUUGUCUGCAAUUCUGCCCAAUAUGAAGGGACAUCUUCAUUUCCAGCGGUCGGGAUUGUGGGCAUAGUCCUGCUGGUAUGUGUAAUCAUCAUUGUAAUGGUUUGCUGCAUCACAGCACGGAGAGCUUCUGGCACAGGCCGUAGCAGUGAAAACCCUGGGAACAGUGCUAGCAACCAAGGCCCCUAUGAGCUGGUUUCUGAGGGCACAGAGCAGAAAGCAAGUGAAGCAGGUGGAGCAGCAGAGGUUGAAAUGUCUGCCACGGCGCCCCCCAUCAACCAGUAUGAAGAAGCUACUAAGACUGAACAGGUUCAAGAUAGCCAGUUAGUGUAGACAUUCAAGAAUGACAGUGAUGGCCUGUGUGUAUGCACUGUAGCACAUCAGAGCAGAGCUAUAGCUAUGUAAACAUGAGACGACACUCUGUAAAACACUCCUUUGAAAUCAGGGACAGGGAUUCAAUCCUGGAUGUCCUUAUUAAGAAAAUGUGGCCCUUAAAAAGUUAUACCACUGCCUAGAGUCAGUGCCAAAUAAACUUGCUGUUAGUGAAUUAUCAGAUAAUUUGUGUAUGAUGCUUUGUGCUACAUGUGGGACAUAGCAGAUUUUACUUGUAUAUGUGAUUUUGAGGUUUAGGAGUUAGGAUUAGUUCAUUUAUCUUAGGUUGAAUUACUCAAGAUGAAGAAUGGUUUUGUGCAAGUUUAUACUUCAUUUGAAAACCCAGUCUGUUUUCUUUCAUUUGGUACCAAAAAGUGCAUAGAUUAUGCUUGACAGAAAGGGGACGAUGUGAUUUAGUUGUUUCAAAUUUGGCAAUUCAAAGUGACACAUGAGCAUUGUUUUGCCAAUAUCAAAUGAAAGACGACUAAAUAGCUUUUCAAAUAAAGUAUACACAUGGUUAACAGGGGCGGAUCCAGGAGUUUCCAAAGGGGGGGGGACAUGAACUAAAGCAGCAAUGGAUAAAAUUCCCACCGAGCAUGAAGCAUGAAGCCAUGAUGUUGUGGGGUCUGGGGCCUAGGAAAUUAUAUUGUAUACUAGGCGCUACGGUGGUGAAAUUUUAGGCUCCUUUUUCUUCCCCCUUUCUCUUUUUCUUCUUUUUUUUUGGAAAUUAAUAUUUUUGGUAAUAAAAGGGGGGCCAUUUGCCCCACAUGCCCCUCCUCUCGGAUCCGCCUCAGAAAAUAUUUACUGGUUAUUGAGCAAUUAAUCUUGAAAUCUUUGUGUCCGUUUUUAAUACACCUUGUAUAACCUGCUUGCCCAGAGUCAAAGUUGUGUGGUGUUUUAAACAUAUUUUUAGACAAAGCAAAAAGGACUUUAUAUAUUUACAUAUAUUGAUGUAUUCUUUAUUAAGCAAAUGUAAAGCUCUUUCAUCUGUUAUAAACUGUUAUCUCUAGAGGCUCUUGGGGAGAAGACGCUGAAGAAAUGUUCAGUUUUAUAGAAGGAGGGAAACACACUGGAAAAUAUUCAGGGGGGGAGGGAGUGAAAGCCCAAUCCACCUGUCAGUCUGGGUUGGGUUUGAACCCUGGGCCAGAGAAAUGGAAGGCAAAGAGAGAGCCGCUGGGCCAACGUGACUACUGAACCCUCUGCGUGAUUUGUCCAUCUUCUGUCUGGUCUAUCUGAACAAAUGUUUGUGUGGUUCUUAAAAGAAAUAUUCAGUCGUGUUUAGUAUUUACACCAUAAGAAAGCCAUGUCUGGUUUGUCCAAACUAUUUAAAUAGGAACACAAACCAUGCUUAUAAACAAGGAAAAGGGUAAGUGAGUGGAGUAUGGGUGUAUAUACCACCAGGCAGAACAAUUGGCCUUGGCUUCUACCUCUUUGUGAUCAUCAUGCAACUCCAAACAUUUGUACUUUUUUUCUAUUUUGAGAUUUUUCUCAUAAUAAACAUAUAAAUAAAUGUAUAGGAUUGCUCUGUACAUGGGAAGUUGUCAUGUGACCAAAUCUAGUAAAUUUGAAGGCAAACAAUGUCCACAUGAUGACACUCUCUGUUUGUAUGUGUAUUUGCUGGAACUGAUUGUAGUGUAUGCAGCCAGUCUAGCGUGUAUUUCGGGAUAAUGAUGUAAUGCUUUGCUGAGCUUACCAUUGUGAUGUGUGUAAUAUAAAUAUGCCUCAGAAACGUUCUGCCAGAAGUUCUCCAUGCUCUCGAUGCUCCCAAUUCUUCCAAUGUACAAACACAACACUUAGAUGUACCGUAUUAAAUUACUGCCAAGUCACAUAGCAAGUAUGUGCCAUGGCCUAAAUUAACGUUUACUUCUUCAAAACAUACAGCAUCUGGCCUCACGUCCACACAGUUUGUGUCCUUCGUCCAUGAUUGAAUGCAUAAGAAAAAUUCUCGUCGAUUUCCUUUGCUAACGUGACCGGGAGACAAAGGCUAUUCAAGUUGUAGAAAUUAAAGAUAAUCUAUUCUGUAGUGGUAACAUGCAUAUGGCAGCUGAGUGCAGCCACAAGUACUGUGAUACUUGGGAAAUGAUAUCAAGAUACUUCUAUCGCAUGUGGCUCUGAACAGUAAUUAAACCGAAACUCUGUGUUCCACUGGA